ACUUCUCUACAUUUUCUUAAUCAAUUUAUCAACCAAAUCAAACGAGCCAUUACUAACAAAUGGACACCGAAUCUCCGUCCUUCGCCACCCCGGAAACCACCACUCCGGCUGCCACAUCCCCCCUCCCUGGCUCUCCAACCGCCUCCUCUUCGAUUUCGACCACUACCUCCUCCUCGAUCACAGCCUCCGUCUCCAGAGCUCAGACCGUUAUCGAGUCUCUAUCAGCCAUCAUCACAGACUUACCAUCCCACAUUGCCUCCUCGGACGACCCUGCUCAGGACCUACUCCACAACGAGAAGGUCGCCACGCAGAUCUCUGAUCUCCUCCGGCAGCCUGGUUCUGGCGCUGGGGACAACCCUCUGUGCCGUUGGCUCUACGACACCUUCCAGACCACCGACCCGGCACUCCAACUCGUUGUCCUCCAUCACCUCCCUACCAUUGCCGGCACGUACCUCUCCCGGGUUGCCCACGACAGGUCCCUCGCGGGGUUCGAGGCGGUGCUCCUUGCUCUCUACGCACAUGAGACGACUGCCCGAGGGGGCCAGUCGGUGAGUGUGAACGUGCCCGACCUCUCUCACCCGAGCGUUUACCAUGAGAGCAAAGAGCCCAGCAAGAGCAAUGCCACAGGCCUGCACCUUGCGGUGAUAUCCCCAAGCCUGGAGCCAUACGGGACAGUGCGGUCCACACGCAGAGCAAGGAUCAUCGGGGUGGCGCUAGAGCUGUACUACAGCAAAAUCUCUCAGAUGCCGAUCAGAUCGAAGACGGAUUUCUGCGAGUUCUGUGAGGUCUGGGCUGGACUGGACGGGAGUAUAUAUGAUGACGGCGAAGAGGACGACGAUGCCAAGGGCGGGAAGGAACACGAUCAAGCCGACGGAGAAGCCGAGUCGAGAAAAGAGAAAGGAAGGAAGGAGGCCGGAAGGAUAACACUGCUGUGGGAGCUCCUCCAGCCGGUGCUCCGGAUCCUUGGCCACUGCCUCCUAGGGCCUGUUCGGAAUAAAGAACUGCAGACUGCAGCUUCUGCGGCCUGCAGGAGCCUGUACACGAGGGCCCUGCACGAUAUCAACCCGAAGGCAAUCCUCGCGACUGAGAGCCUCCUCAGGCUGAGCAAGAUGUCUAUAUCCGCGGAAAAUGAGGCCGACCCGACCGAAAUAUCACAGAGCAACAUCAUCAUUCUUUAGGCUUUUAUUACUAGUGUAUCUUUGAUGUAAGCAGAAAAUCGAUUCCUUUCAAACCUUUUUUAUUUUAUUUUUGUUCCGUUCACUUCGCUUAUUUAUAUGCGGGAAACCUUGUAGAAGUCUUUUAAGAAUUCAUCCUA